GAGUCCAGAGAGCUGAAAAUGAGCCACCGCUGUGAGAUCCAACUGGACAACCCACGGGGGGCCUAUCGGGCCGGCGAAACGGUCAAUGGUCACGUCUAUCUGACCCUUUCGGAGCGGGCCUUAAUCAAAGCAAUUUGCUUGGAGGCCAAUGGAUAUGCGAGCACCGCCUGGCAGCAGCCCCAAAAGCAGAAGAAUCAAAAGAAGAACGAGCAGCCAGUGGUGGUUCAGAACUUGGACUUUGAUUAUCGCGUGGAUUAUUUUGCCAAAAUCGAUUAUUUUGUGGGCUCGGAGGCCGCACAGCCGCAGAUAAUGGAGGCGGGCACCUACAAUUACGGUUUCCAUGUGAAGCUGCCCAAGAACUGUCCGGGGAAUUUCGAGGGGGCCCACGGACACAUACGGUACACACUCCAAGUGCUCAUCCACAGCAGUGCAGAUCGUCCGCUGGAGGUGCUCCAUGUACGCCAGUUACAGAUUUUCCCGCAGAACUCUCUCAGCCAGGAGACGAGGAGCUGUGAGAUCCAGAUCUACGAGCAGACUCCUCGCCUCAAAUUCUGGAUGAAGCCACUUCAUCUGCAGCUCCAGAUUCCCAGGCAGGGUUAUUCGCCAGGAGCAGGUAUAUCUGUCCACUUGAAGCUGCACAACCCGGAGAAAUUGCCACUUCGCGAGGCGGUGUAUUCCCUCGUUCAGAUCAGCACCUACGUUGCCCAUCUGAAGAAUAAGCCCAAGCGCAUGGAGACCAAGGUGGAGCGACAAACUGUCCUAAGCAGCCGCCAUGAGCUCCACAACCUCCCACGCGGAGAACUGCAGAACUUUCAGCAUCUUCACAUGCUGCAAGUGCCCCAAACUGCGGCCACAUUGAGUGUGGCAGGAUGUGCUUGCCUGCAGCUCAACUACGAGGUGGAGGUGCUGGUCACGACUCAGCAGGAGAAACGGUUCAUUGCGGCCCGUAUGCCGGUCAUCAUUGGCAACGUGACGCCGCCCUGUCCUGGCAAGCUCCUAAUGCAAGAACCCAUUGAAGGCACUGCUCCGGAACCAACUCCCCCAGUCGAAGAUGCAUCAACAUUGGUUCCGAAUUUUAGCGUUUCCACCACAUCUUUGGCUUCGAAUUUCCGGGAAGCCGAGUUUAUGGUAGCCACCAAUCUGAAUAAGACCAACAAACACUACUUGUCCGGCGAACAGUUGGAUUUUAGACCACGCUAUGUCUACUACGAAAUGGACCAGACUCAAUCGGAGGAAGUGAAGUCCCAUUGAAUGCACGUCAAUACUUUAUUUUUUUAAAUCGUCUAAUUUAUUUCAUUCACUAGCAAAAUUACACAAAUAUAUAUUAUUCCAUUAUC